AUGGCUGGAGGUCAGAGCAACACGUCUGGAGAUUCGAGGGGAUCAUCAUCUGGUCGUCGACCCUCAAGAGGUGCUGGAAGAUUUUUCGGUGUUCCUAAGAAAUGUUGGUGUGGUGAGCUAAUGGUGACGUUGACGUCCAAGUCCGACCAGAAUCCAUACCGGAGAUACUUGCGAUCUUCAAACGAUAAUCAUAUCUUUAAGUGGGUGGAUGAGGCUUUGUUGAACGAGGUUGAUACACUUUUACUUAAAAAUGCAAGACUUGAAGAAGUGAUUAAUGAGAUGGCAUCAAAGAGUGUCUUUGAGAGGACUGAAACAGAGAUAAUGGCGACGGUUGAAGAUGCAUUGGCUGAAGCAAGUGCAAAGAUGAAGAAUACAAUGAUCGUGGUUGUGAUUGGAAGCUUGACCUUGGUUGGUAUGAUGGGAGUUAUGUGUCUGAUGAGAAACUGA